AGGCAGGUUCCUGUAGGACUCAGCCCCAGCCCCUCAGCCCAGUGACCGUGGGGGUGACGAGAACGCGCUGUGCUGAACGAGGGGAGCGGCACUGCCGGCGUUUUGGGGCGAUUCCCUUGCUUUUUGGUAACCCUGGGCACCCCCGCGAAGCGCCUCCCGCUGCGGCUUUUUGUCCCCCGCGCCGCUCCGUCCGUCUCCAUGGCAACGGCCGGGGCGCGGGGCCUAGCGGCGAGGCGGGCGCCAUGACGGCCGGUGGCGGCGCCCCCAGCGUCUUCUUGGUGGCCGUUAACGGCCAGAUCGAGAGCGGGGAGUUCCCCGGGUUUGAUGAUCUCUACUGCAAGUACUGCUUCGUCUACGGCCAGGACUGGGUUCCCACCGCUGGCCUGGAGGAGGGCAUCUCGCAGAUCACCUCCAAGAGCCACGUCUCACCCACCACGCUCGUCUGGAACUUCCCCAUCGAAAUUACCUUCAAGAGCACCAACCCGUCCGGCUGGCCGCAGAUUGUCAUGAGUGUCUACGGACCUGAUUUUUUUGGAAACGACGUGGUGAGAGGUUACGGAGCUGUUCACGUGCCCUUCACACCUGGAAGGCAUAAGAGAACCGUUGCUAUGUUUGUUCCAGAGUCCACAUCUAGGCUGCAAAAGUUUACAAGUUGGUUCACAGGGAGACGUCCAGAAUUUACUGACCCCAAAGUGGUAGCACAGGGAGAAGGAAGAGAAGUAACGAGGGUGCGAUCUCAAGGCUUCGUGACCAUUUCCUUCAACGUAGUGACCAAAGAUAUAAAGAAGCUGGGCUAUGAUGUGAGCCCAACUGACAUGCAGACCCCCUGCGUGCCUAUUACAGAGGGGAUUCAUAAGUAUUGAACUCAGAAGUGAGACUUGCAAAGGCUCACAUAGAAGUUAAAUGUUUUACGGGCUUUUACUGUUUGUUUCUUCAAACGGAGAACGAGCAUCUGACUGAACUAAGAAAAUUUCAUGUGAAACCUUUAUUGAAAAAGAAACUCAAGCCCCUGGGGCUUUGGAGUAAUUUUCUAGAGUAUAAUUAUUUCAGUAAGUACACAGCUUAAAAAUUGUAAAUUUAUAUCAUCAGUUCUAUUUUGCAUUUUUAUGUCUAAUAUUGGACUUCUCAAGAGAAGACCUACAAAAAGUUUUUAUAACAGCUUCUUUUUUUAUAUGUUAUAUACUUCAACUUAUAGUUGUAAUAGUUCUCCUUUGUUUAAAACAUUAGUAAAAAAAAAAAAAAAGAACUGGAUUUGUACUGAUGUUUUUGUGAUAGAAAUGGGAAAUUGAAAUUAUUGCACCUUCCGAAAAGGAGAGAUUAGAAACACACACACCCUUCUCUGUGCUACCAGCUUCACUCUGCAAAAUCACAGCAGGUAUCUGUUACUGUCCCCCAUGGUCCUCUAGAGUUUGUGCAACUAAAUAAAAUAGUUCAUGCACUGUAGAAACAAACCCUUCCCCAUUUUUAAGUGAAGCAACCGAGGCUUUUGCAUUUAAGAACAAGAUGGUGACUCUGUGUAGAUUUUCUUUCUGCAUCCAGCUUGAGGAGAAAGAAAAAGGACAGCAGUUUAUUUUACAGGAGUUCAAGAGACCAUAGUGUUAGGUAUAUGCGUGCUGUGUGCUUUUAACUUCUGAUAGAACAACUUGACUUUUAAAUGCAGCUGUUGACUAAAAAAAAAAAAGCCUUAGAGAAGGAGCUGAAAUGAAAGUACACAGAGUCUCGGUAAACCAACUGUGUAUACUGUAGUUAGCUUCAAGUCAUAUUAGUUAUCAGAGCUGUACACAAGUCAGGAGCAGCAGUAACGACCUCAUCUCUUCCCUUAAGUAGGUCACUCCAGCCCAGCAGAGCCUGAUGGUUGAUGCUUUGGGUAGCCAAGGUUUUAACCUGCAACAAUUUUAGCAGGCUUCUGCCAAUAUAAUCAGAUCAUGUGUGGUAGUACGGGUUCAAAGAAGAGAGAGUAUCGUGCAAGGAAAAUGGUUGUUUACGGAGAUAAUGUACCGUGGCUUUCCUUAGCUGGUUUUCUUAUCAGAAGAAAGGCAUUAAAAAAGCAACAUAUUGAUGUUCAUGUCAGCUAUAAUUAGGUUUUCCCAUUGCAUAACCUCAGAGAAUGACCGAAACAAUGUUGUUUGUUAUUAGUGUGACACAAGCUCUGAAGCUAAUUUGCUAUUCUCAGAUGUCUUCAGCAUGAUGACCCAAAGCUGGCCCCCAGUCUAAACAUCUUUUCUGCUGUCUUAUCAUGGCCUUUCACUAAAUACCCCCCUAAGUUAACAUUAGUGCUCUUCUUUUAGGAUGAAUAAACCCAAUUGUCUAAAUAUUUUUGUUUUUGUCUUUCUGCUGCCCAGGGUUUUUAUUUGUUUGUGCCAGCAUGGUUGUUUC